AUGUCACAAUGUCCGUAUUUGUACGACUGCUUUACAGGCCAGCAAUGUCAGGAAGGCAGCGAGUUCUGGACAGACGAGUUCACCCGUUGCUCGUGCGCUGGCGGUCAGCUCUCCUGCGCGUCCGCCACCUGCCCCGAGGGAAGCACCUGUGCGACGGCGACCUCCUCCAGGAGCCGCGACCACUUCGGCACCUGCGUCGCCCACAAAGAGCCCCGCUACACGACCUUCGACGGGGUCAACAUUCGUUUCAUGGCACCCUGCACCUACGUUCUGGCCAAGACGUGCGUGGAGGGAGGGCCGGUGGCGGACUUCAGGGUGGAAGUGAAGAACGAAGGCCUGGGGAGCGCGUCUGUCUCGUCCGUCCAGCAGGUGAACGUGGAACUAGGAGGCAACCAGGUGUCCAUGCUGCGGAGACAGUUCAACAAAGUCAUGGUGAACGGCAUGUGGAAGACCCUCCCCUUGAGCAUGAGUGGCGGCGCCAUCACCGUGGAGCGAAGAGGGUCCUCCGUCGUCCUGGAGACCGACUUUGCGCUGACCGUGACGUACCGCGCCAGCGGGAAGGUUCUGGUGAGGGUGCCAGACGAGUACUCCGACAAGCUCUGUGGCAUGUGCGGCAACUUCAACCACGUUCAAGAGGACGACUUCCAGCAGCCCGACGGCUCGGCCGCACCUGACGCCCUGUCGCUGGGCCAGAGCUGGCAGAGCGGCGGCGCGCACUGCGAGUCCCCCGUGCUGCCCAGCGCGUGCCAGAAGAGCGAGACGCUGCUUGAGUUUGCCGGGGAGGCGUACUGCGGUGCCAUGUUGGUGGCUGACGGGCCGUUCGCCGCCUGCUCCUCGCUGCUCAGCAAAGAGAGCUACUUCAGCAGCUGCGUCCUGGACAUGUGUGCCACUCUCGGGGACCCGGAGACGCUCUGCGACCUGCUGGACACCUACGCCACCAAAUGCCAGGAGGCCGGCGUCGACAUGCCCGCGUGGAGGAAUGACACUUUCUGCCCAAUGGUGUGCGGUCCACACAGCCAUUAUAACGCCUGUGCCAGCGACUGCCCUGAGGUGUGCUCUGCCAUGGACGCCACGGCGCCCUGCGGAGGAGAUGUGUGCCGGGAGACGUGCGAGUGUGACGAUGGCUACAUGCUGAGCGCGGGCACCUGUGUGCCGGCCCAGGACUGCGGAUGCUGGGUGGAUGGGGAGCACUACGAGAAAGGCGCAGUCUUCAUGACCGGCCAGUGCGACAGGCAGUGCCAGUGCAUGGGCCGGGGCAACGUGCAGUGCUCGGCCGCCUCCUGCUCCGACAGCGAGGUGUGCAAGGUCAGGGAUGGGGUCAUGGGCUGCGAGCGUGCCGGCCAGGCCACCUGCUACGUCUACGGGGACCCGCACUACAUCACCUUCGACGGCAAGGCCUACAACUACCAGGGCAACUGCAACUACACGCUGGCCAAGACCUGUGGCCCCUCGGCCGUCCAGUUCACCAUCACCACGCGCAACGACCUGCUCGGCCACGCCUGGUCGGCGCUGGACUCUGUGGCGCUGGAGGUGGAAGGCCUGCACGUGGCCGUCAGAAGCGACAAGAAAGUCUAUGUCAACGGAGCAGAGGUUUCUCUACCCGCCAUGCCUAUCAAGAGCAUCUUCAUACAAGCCAACGACAAGCACGUCCACGUGAACACCUCAUUCGGACUGUCCCUGCUCUUCGAUGUGGACCGCCGCCUCUUUGUCCAGGUGGACGAGCGCUACAAGGGCCAGAUGUGCGGCCUGUGCGGGACUUACUCGGGCAGCCAGUUCGACGACUUUGUGACGCCCGAUGGAGAGCUCAUGGGCAGGCCUGACCCGUUUGUCAACAGCUGGAUGGUGGAGGACAGCAACUGGAACUGUUCUGUCUCAGAGUCGGCGCAGCCCGCCUGCAUCCCAGAGCUGCACGAGCAGGGCUUCCAGGAGUGCCGCAAGCUCUUCGGGGACGCCUUCCAGGACUGCCACAUGUCCGUGCCCCCCCAGAUCUUCGUGGACAGCUGCAUGUACGACCACUGCGCCUCGGGAGGGGGCCUCCUCUGCCCGUCGCUGGAGUCCUACGUGGCAGCCUGCCAGUUUAACGGGGUGGACCUGGGCGACUGGAGGAAAGACACGGCCUGUGCCUUAAGCACUACCACUACCAAACCACCAGCCACCCCAUCUCCAGAUGGUAAGUAUUGUCCAAUGAGCUGUAAUUUUGACACCGAUGAGUGUGGAUGGGAGCAGCUUGUGCAGGACAGUUUUGAUUGGUGGAGAAGGACUGGCGCCACUCCAACAGACCACAGCGGACCCUCUAGUGACCACACAACAGGAAGUGGGUCCUACAUGUACAUCGAGGGCGACGCGGCGGUGCACGGCGACUCUGCGCGCAUGAUGAGCCCGGCGUGCCCCGUGCCAGGCACCCACUGCCUGCGCUUCUGGUACCACAUGUACGGCAUGUCCCACUCCAUGUCCCUCAACGUCUACCAGCUGGUCGGCAACCAGGCCAGGAAGAUCUGGUCCAAGUCCAACAACCAGGGAGACUCCUGGCAAGAGGCGACUGUGGAGAUUAAGGUGUCGCAGCCGUUUAAGAUCAUUCUGGAAGGGAUCAGAGGGUCCAAUGCGAUGUCUGAUAUGGCUCUGGAUGAUUUCAGCAUUACAUAUGGAUCUUGUGGAGGACCAGGUUCUUCUGGUAACAAUGGCAUGGACCCAACCGCACUGCCUGCAGUAACAAAUGACAACUCAGGAAAUCCCCAUCCAGUUUGUGACAUCGGCUGUAAUUUCGACAAAAGUCUUUGUUCAUGGACCCAGCUAAUCACGGACAGCUUUGAUUGGACAUGGCAGAGUGGCUCCACCCCCACUCUGAUGACUGGACCGUCCUCCGACCACACCAGUGGAAGUGGCCACUAUAUGUAUGUCGAAGGAGACGGAGUGCACAAUGGUGACACGGCCCGCCUCUUGAGUGGACAGUGUGGUGACGCGGGCCCCCAGUGUCUUCAGUUCUGGUACCACAUUUAUGGCACUGCGGACACGAUGGGCCUGAGUGUAUACCUGCUUGAGGGCCGGUGGGCACAGGGAGUCUGGACCAAGAGGAAUAACCAGGGGAACAUGUGGCACAAAGCGGAGAUUGAUCUGACCACCUCUGGACCAUUCCAGAUCAUUUUAGAGGGACGCAGAGGAACAACUACUCUCUCUGAUGUGGCUGUGGAUGAUAUCAAGCUUUAUCGUGGUUCCUGUUCAGGUAUGCCAGCCAAAUUACAAAUUGAGAUAAACCCAGAAACACCUUCACCUCCUACAGUAAACCCAGGAACACCUGCACCUCCUAAUCCCGAGACUCCCGCACCUCCCAAUCCUGAGACCCCUGCUCCACCUCAACCAGAAACACCCGCACCUCCCAAUCCUGAGACCCCUGCUCCACCUCAACCAGAAACACCCGCACCUCCCAAUCCUGAGACCCCUGCUCCACCUCAACCAGAAACACCCGCACCUCCCAAUCCUGAGACCCCUGCUCCACCUCAACCAGAAACACCCGCUCCUCCUAAUCCUGAAACUCCAGCACCUCCUAAUCCAGAGACGCCAGCUCCACCUCAGCCAGAAACACCAGCUCCUCCUCAGCCAGAAACGCCUGCACCACCUCAGCCAGAAACACCAGCUCCACCUCAGCCAGAAACGCCUGCUCCUCCUAAUCCAGAAACGCCAGCUCCUCCUAAUCCAGAAACGCCAGCUCCUCCAAAUCCAGAAACACCUGCACCACCUAACCCAGAGACCCCGGCACCUCCUAAUCCAGAGACGCCUGCACCACCUCAGCCAGAAACACCAGCACCACCUCAGCCAGAAACGACAGCUCCUCCUAAUCCAGAAACACCAGCACCUCCAAAUCCAGAGACUCCAGCACCCCCUAAUCCAGAAACGCCAGCUCCACCUCAGCCAGAAACACCAGCUCCCCCUAAUCCAGAAACACCAGCACCUCCAAAUCCAGAAACACCUGCACCACCUCAGCCGGAAACGCCAGCUCCACCUCAGCCAGAAACACCAGCUCCCCCUAAUCCAGAAACACCAGCACCUCCAAAUCCAGAAACACCUGCACCACCUCAGCCGGAAACGCCAGCUCCACCUCAGCCAGAAACACCAGCACCUCCCAAUCCUGAAACACCUGCACCUCCAAAUCCAGAGACACCAGCUCCUCCAAAUCCUGAGACUCCGGCACCUCCUAAUCCAGAGACACCAGCUCCCCCAACACCCAAACCAACCACAGCUGCUCCUCCCACUCCAAAACCAACACCAUCCUGCCCAAAGAACAGCCACUACACUGACUGUAUGCCUGCCUGCCCAGCCACCUGUAAGCACCUGCAUGGCUCCCCCCACUGCGAUCGUGACGAACCGUGUGUGGAGGGCUGCGUGUGUAACGACGGAUUUGUGCUCAAGGACAGAGCCUGCGUGCCCAUCCAGAAGUGUGGCUGCCAGGACCACAAAGGACAGUACCGUUAUUUCGAUGAGGUGUGGUACACGGACCACUGUGAGCAGAAGUGUGAGUGUGAGGAGGACGAUGACGAGGGACAUGUAGAGUGUGAUGGCGAUGACCAUGGUAAUGAGUGUGACGGAGAUGACAUCUGCUACAUGGACGGAGAUGGAGAUUAUACCUGCAAGUCCACAGACUUCAGCGAGUGCACCGUCGAGAAAGACCCCGAGUACAGAACCUUCGACGACAUGAAGCACGACUUCGAGGGGUACCGCUCCUACGUCCUGGUCCAAUCCACCGAAAGCCUGCCUCACAACCUUCCGGACGUGUACGUGGAGGCCGUCAACCACGUCAGGAGCGACCAGAGCGAGGACAGUGAUGAGGACGAGGACAGCAGAGGAAGGGAUGACGGCGAUGAUGAUGAUGAGGACGACAGCGAAGAACACGGUGGCCGCGGAUACCCACGGGAGCUGAAGAUCAGAGUCUACAACCACACCGUCGAGUUCAAGAGGAACAGGAAACUUUACGUCAAUGGUGUGAGUGCUAGGACUCCCCUAUCCCCCACUGCAGGGCUGAAAGUGUUCCAGCGCUCCUCUCGCAUCUACUUGAAGACUGAUUUUGGAUUCUCUGUGGAGUUCAACGGAGUCGACAAAACCGAGAUCACCCUGCCUCACACAUACAAGAGGAGAGUCGGGGGGCUCUGUGGAAACUUCGACGGCCGCAAGAAGAAUGACAUGAUGAAGCCCAACGGCAGCCAGGCCAAGGGGGUCAAGGAGUUCGGGGAGAGCUGGAGAGUGACCGAGGAGAGGCUGAAUAUCAGAUGGAGACGGUCAGCAAGACGUGGUCUGUCCCGAUUCUGAGAGAACAAAAACGGGAACACGAACAUCUGCACAAACAAGUCAUGAAGUCUAUCCUCAUCACCCCUUUGCACCAUGGCGUGAAACUAGCUUUGGAAGUUCAUAAAGAUUGAGAGACACUGUAAAUAAGAAUGGGCUCAUACGACUUAGACUAUUGGCCUAAUAAAUCCUGAUUUUAUAGACCUAGUUUAUUUUAUUUGUUUGUAAUAUUUCUUAUGGAAACUUCAUUAUAUUUUAUUUACUCUAGUACAGUUUAUUAAAAUGUAUCAUAGACAAGCUAUGUUUAUUACAUAAAUUAUAAUAAAUAUUUUAUACACAUCAUAAUUGUCAUCUAUGUCAAAUACAUUGCUACAGAUGUUUCUCUAAGACAAUGUGUAAUGUGGCCUAUUUAACCUCGUGAAUAGAAUGUGC